AUCAACUAAUUACAUCUUUAAUUAAAUAUUUAUAUUGCAAUACAAAAUUUUUAAAAUAAAGUUGACAUGGCAUCUGCAAAAAAGAAACAGGAUGAAAAAAAUUUAAAGACAUUACGUGAAUUAGUUUCACAAUUUGGUAAUAAAGAAUGCUUUGAUUGCCAACAGCGUGGACCAACUUAUGUAAAUAUGACAAUAGGUUCUUUUGUUUGUACAACUUGUUCAGGAAUGCUGCGAGGAUUGACUCCACCACAUAGAGUAAAAUCAAUUUCUAUGGCUACUUUUAUACAAGAAGAAAUUGAUUUUCUAAAAGAACGUGGUAAUGAAUUCUGCCGAGCAAUUUGGCUUGGCUUAAUGACUCAAAGCAAUGUAUAUAAUAGUAAGGAUGAACAAAAGAUGAAAGAUUUUAUGAGUGCGAAAUAUGAAUUAAAAAGGUAUUACUUGGAUCCUACUAUGGCAAAUCAAUUUAUAAACCAAAAAAUCCCAAGUUUUACAAAAUUGCAACCAAAUGCUAAAACCAUUAAAGUUUCUUCAGCUAAAUCAUUAUCUUCUGUACCUAUUUUGAUUACAAAUGUUAAGGAAAGUGAAAUUUUAAAUUCAAAUUCAGUUGACUUCGUAGCUGAUUUUAGUAAUGUACCAGCUGCUUCAUCACUUAACAUUUCAACAAAAUUUUCUCAACCUUCUUUUGCUAAUUUUGAUAAUAAUCCUAUCUUCAAUUUAAGUAAAGAAAAUAAAAUAUCACCAAUGCCUGUUUCAAAUACUAAUGUAACAAUAAAUACACCACCUUCCGAAGAUCGUUAUGCUGCCUUAAAAGACUUGGAUUCAUUAAUGAAACAAGCAAAUAUCAAAGAUGAUUCAACUUCUUUUGAAACAUCAUGGAUUCUAAAAGAAACUAAUGAUACUACAGCUAAUAAUUCAACAUGGUCUACAUUUAAUAAGAAUAGUUCAGUUAUUGGUAAUCCUUUUGCUGAAGAUACAUGGCAGCCAUCUGUUAAUGUUCUCAAUAAUAAUAAUAAUAAUAAUAAUAAUAAUAAUAAUAAUAAUAAUAUUCAUCAAAAUGAAACAAAUAUUUUUAAUACAGCAAAUCCAUUUAGAUCAACACAAGUUCCUAUGUUUCAUGAGGAUUUUCAUUGGUUUGGCCAAGAAACUCAAAAUAUAAAUAAUGUCCAAUCUCAUUUUUUAUCAUCUUUAUCAAAUAAAUCAUGGAAACAAAGUGUAACACAAUUUAAAGCAAACCCAUUUGUUGUGGGUUCUGGCAUUGGAGAUAUAACACGAAAUUCAAACAAUCCUUUCUUGUGAUUAUUUGCAUUAAAUUUUAGGACUUAUAAAAAAAUACCAUACCAUAUAUGUUGAUAAAAUAAGAAAAUCUUUAUUGUACAUGACCUAAACGUGGUAUUUACUGCUAAUAAUUUUAAUUGCUCUAGGAGUAACAAUCUUCUAUU